GCAAGUUCACUGCAGUUAGCUAAAGAAGUAGAAAGCCAAACUGGGAUGAUUGUUUCCCAUGACACAAUACAGUGUACACUGCAGAGGAUUGGCAUGCAUGGGUGUCGUCCAAGAAGGAAACCUCUCCCAAAACCCGCCUAGAAAUUGCCAGGGCCCAUGCUGAAAAAGAAGACUACUGGGACUCUGUACUCUGGAGUGAUGAGACCAAGAUAAAUGUUUUUGGAACUGAUGGCUUCAAAACUAUAUGGUGUCGGAAAGGUGAGGAGUACAAAGAAAAAUGCAUGGUGCCUACAUGAAACGUGGUGGCAGUGUCCUUCUGUGGGUAUCAUGAAUUCACAGAUGUACUGCUCUGUAUUGAAAGAGUACCCAUUGAGAUAUUGCUUGAAA